AUGACGGAUAAGCGCAGCGUGCCGAUCGAUAUCCAGUAUAAGCGGCUUCUCGAUGCGCUCGUGGAUCGCCGCAUCGUCCCGACCAAGUGGCUCGAGCAGCACAGGCUCAUUCGCGACGCGAUCGCCGCACUGUAUCCGGAGCUGCCAUUGGCCAGCGACCGGCUGGCGGAGUUUUGCGCCAAUCAGAGAUCGAGUCACGAAACGCUCACGUAUUUCGACUGCAAGUUGAUUUUCCAGUGUCUCGAGCAGUCGGACGACGGCGCUAAAAAGAACUUUUUCGGGCAGUAUACGUCGCCUGUGCUCAAGCGGUGGAGCGUUUUGCUGCGCCAGUAUGAGAAGAACAACAUCUUUGCGGCAGAAGCGGCGCGUAUCAUUGCGCAGAACACGGCAUUUGAAAUUCCGUUCUUGAGAAAGUCGAUCCAGCAAGACGAAAAGCAGAUCGCAGACAACAAUCGGAAGAUGGCGGAUCUGACGAGACGGAUUGCCGAGUACAAGCGCAAACUUGAGGUCUCGUGUGCUGACAUGGGCAUCGCGGGGGCGAACUUUCGUCAAGAGCUGCGACGUCUGCCAUUGGAAUUACCGUCCAUUCUCGACGAAAUAGCAAACGCAAUCUGUUGUGUCGAGAUUGACGAUGCUGUCGAGUAUCAUCAGGCUCUUCAGAGUUACCUGCACGACUGCGAGGUACCCACCGUGACAUCGUCGGCGGAAUCCAUGCCUUCGCCGCGCUCACAGAAAGGCAUGAAGAGCAAGAAGAAGGGUAGGAAACAGACCGAAGUGACCGAAGCACGUGAGAGUACGACGAUGGAGCCGUUCGAGUUGGUUGUCAAGCCGCACGUGUUUUUCGACGCACUUGUGGAACUGAGAGAGGCCAGCGACGAGCUGGUUACAACGAAUGCGGCUUUGGAUUCCGAAGCGGAGGUGGCAGAGAUCAGCUGGGACAUUUCAGCCGACACGGAUAGCACAGCGAAUGCUGAUGUGAUUGACUGGGGCAUCGAAACGGUGGGAUCUGCCGAACUUGACGCUACAGCUGAAGACGCGCCGGUCGAAAUUGAUUGGGAUAUCACAACUGUGGAUGUUGUGAAAUCCGUCGGCGCGGACAUCAGUGCGGAAGGAAGCGGUGUCGUGGGAACGAUGCCAAGCACGCCAGCUAUUGCUGCGAAGACCACCCGUGUGGAGCUCCUGCGCGACAGUGAGUUUCGCACGCGUGUUCUCAACGACCUGCUGGAACUGCGAGCGUUCCUUCGCCAGCGACUACUUGAGCUCUCUGGGAGCGAUUCGAUUGCCUUUGCGAACCAGUUUCAGGGCCUCUCUCCGCUGUUGGAACAGCAAAGUUCAGCGCAAGUCGAGAAGUUUCAGGCUGCUGUGGACAAAGCUGUGUCGUUGCUGACAAGCAAACGCCUGCAGAAACUGGUACUUAUCGAAACCUCGGAGCGAUAUUUGGACCGACACGUGGCGAGUCUGGAAAUGCUGACCAAGCAUAUGGAUAAAUGCCGCCGUGAGAUUCACGAUCUGGAGGACAAGAACGUGAACUUGUUUGAUGCGUCGAAGAAAGCUCAGCGGCAGAUCAGUUCACUCAUUGCGACAACGAAGGAGUUGAAGAAGGAGCUGGAAGCUGCGCUGCCGCCUCUCUUCAAGGGAUACAAGGUGAACAUCGUAGGUGAAGUCAACAGCCUCUAG